GCAGGGUACGAGAUCACCUUCAGCUUGCUGAACCCCGACCCCAAGUCCCACGCCGUGGACUGGGACAUCGAGGGUGCCGUGAACCGCUACGUGCAGCCCGUCCUGGACAAACUGAGCGUGGUGGCCAACUUCUCCGUUGACUCGCAGGGGAGGAUCCUGUACUACGCCGUCCUCGGGGUGACGCCGCGCUUUGACAAGGAGUCCUCCAGCUUCCUCCUGAGCGCCCACAGCCUCCCGCACGUCAUCAACCCUGUGGAGGCCAGGCUGGGCUCCAGCGCUGCCUCUCUCUACCCCGUGCUGAACUUCCUGCUGUAUGUGCCAGAGCGCUCCCACUCCCCUCUGUACAUCCAGGACAAGGACGGAGCCCCAGCGAGCACCAACGCCUUCCACAGCCCCCGCUGGGGCGGCAUCAUGAUUUACAACGUUGAAGCCCCUGCUUCCCCCCAAAUCCCCCUCCCGCUGCACGUGGAGGUGGACAUGGUGCGAGUGAUGGAGGUUUUCCUGGCCCAGCUCCGGUUACUGUUUGGGUUAUCUAGGGAGGAGCUCACCGUGGAGAACAUCGCCACCGUGUCCACCACCUUGACCUCGCUGGCCCAGCUCCUGGAUAAGAUCGGGAACAUUGUCAUCAAGGAUGAUGUUGCCUCUGAGGUGUACCGAGCGGUGGCCUCGGCACAAAGCGCCAUGGCCAAGCUGGCCACGGGCCACCUGCAUGUGGCUUUCCAGGCCAGCAAGGAGGCAGUCACCUCCUCGGAGCGGGCCUUUUUUGACCCGUCACUGCUCCAUCUCCUCUACUUCCCCGACGACCAGAAAUUUGCCAUCUACAUCCCACUUUUCCUGCCCAUGGCCGUUCCCAUUCUCCUCUCGCUGGCCAAGAUCGCCCGGGAGGCCCAGCAGCGUAAGAAGGAGCCCACCAAGAUGGACUGGGCCCGUCCCCACUCUGCCCUGCCUUGGGGCUGGGGCUGUCCCCACCUCCUGGAGUGUGUUGUCACGAACCCGUGGCCCGAGAGGGUGUCCCAGAUUGGGGUGUCAGGGCCAGCUCUGCUUGGGUCUGCCGUGCCCAAGGCGCAGGAGCGGGAAGAGGGGCUGCUUUGA